AGCCGCCGCCCGGCCCGGGCACGGCGGGGCAGGCGCGGGCGGGGCUGGGGCACGCAGCCCCCGGGCCCCGCAGCGGCCGCCCGGGCGUCGCCCGCCGCUGCCGCCGCGGCCGUAGGCGCCCCCACCUUCCCGGGGGAAACGGCGCACCGGUAUGAAGCGGUGCCGGUCGGACGAGCUGCGGCAGCCCGAGGAGGAACCCGGCGCCGCAGGGGAGCCGCCCGGCCCCGCCGCCAUGGAGGCCAAGCCCGGGGAGGCGGCGGCGGCGGCGGCCCCCGAGGCGAGCGCUGUCCCGCCGCCGCGCACCAAACCCCCCGACCUGAAGAAAAUCCAGCAGCUGUCCGAAGGGUCCAUGUUUGGCCAUGGCCUGAAGCACCUUUUCCACAGCCGCCGGCGGUCGCGGGAGCGGGAGCACCAGAACUCGCAGGACUCGCUGCCGCCGCAUUACGGCAUGUCUGACCACGACUCCCCCGACGAGAAGGAGAGGUCCCCGGAGAUGCACCGCGUCUCCUACGCCAUGUCCCUGCACGACCUCCCGGCGCGUCCCACCGCCUUCAACCGGGUGCUGCAGCAGAUCCGCUCUCGCCCCUCCAUCAAGCGCGGCACCAGCCUGCACAGCGGCAGCCGGCGGGCCAAGAGUGGCUCGCUGGAGCCCCAGAAAGGGAGCCCCCACCUCGUCCGCAAGGCCCCCCAGGACAGCAGCCUCACCGCCAUCCUGCAUCAGCACCAGGGCCGCCCCAGGUCCUCCUCCACCACCGACACUGCCAUCCUCCUGGCCGAGAGCGGGGCCGUCUACCUGCUCACCGAGGACACCGAGUGCCUGGCCGAUAAGCUGGACAAGGGGGACGUGACCGCGCUCAGCCUGCCCUCCGCCGCCGGGCACGGCGAUGCCGACGGCACCGUCUGCCUGGACGUCCCCGAUGGCACCCCAGACCCUCACAGGACAAAAGCCGCCAUCGAGCACCUGCACCAGAAGAUCCUCAAGAUCACGGAGCAGAUCAAGAUCGAGCAGGAGGCGCGGGAUGACAACGUGGCCGAGUACCUGAAGCUGGCCAACAACGCGGACAAGCAGCAAGCCUCCCGCAUCAAGCAGGUUUUUGAGAAGAAGAACCAGAAGUCGGCGCAGACCAUUGCACAGCUGCACAAGAAGCUGGAGCACUACCACAAGAAGCUGAAGGAGAUCGAGCAGAACGGCCCUUCCCGGCAGCCCAAGGAUGUCUUCCGGGACAUGCACCAGGGUCUUAAGGACGUGGGUGCCAACGUUCGCUCCAGCAUCAGCGGCUUCGGCGGUGGCGUGGUGGAGGGCGUCAAGGGAGGGCUCUCGGGUCUGUCCCAGGCCACCCAUACCGCUGUGGUCUCCAAGCCUCGGGAAUUUGCCAGCCUCAUCCGGAACAAGUUCGGCAGCGCGGACAACAUUGCUCACCUGAAGGACACGUUGGAUGACGGGCACCCAGAGGAGGCGUCACGGGCUCUCAGCGGCAGUGCCACCCUGGUCUCCAGCCCCAAGUACGGCAGCGAUGACGAGUGCUCCAGUGCCACCUCCGGCUCGGCUGGUGGCAGCAACUCAGGGGCAGGACCCGGUGGCUUGGGGAGCCCCAAGUCCAACACACUGGACAGCCACCACAAUAACUUCGACACCAUCCUGGAGGAGCUCCGGGAGAUCAAGGACAGCCAGUCGCACCUGGAGGACUCCAUGGAGGACCUCAAGGCCCAGCUUCAGCGGGAUUACACCUACAUGACACAGUGCUUGCAAGAGGAGCGGUACAGGUACGAGCGCCUGGAGGAGCAGCUGAACGACCUCACCGAGCUGCACCAGAACGAAAUGACCAACCUGAAGCAGGAGUUGGCCAGCAUGGAGGAGAAGGUGGCCUACCAGUCCUACGAGAGGGCACGGGACAUCCAGGAGGCGGUGGAGUCCUGCCUGACGCGGGUGACCAAGCUGGAGCUGCAGCAACAGCAGCAGCAGGUGGUGCAGCUGGAAGGAGUGGAGAACGCCAACGCCCGGGCGCUGCUGGGCAAGUUCAUCAACGUCAUCCUGGCCCUGAUGGCCGUGCUGCUCGUCUUCGUCUCCACCAUCGCCAACUUCAUCACCCCGCUCAUGAAGACCCGCAUGCGCAUCCUCAGCACUGCCCUGCUCGUCCUCUUCCUCUUCUUCCUCUGGAAGCACUGGGACUCCAUCACCUACUUUCUGGAGCACGUCCUGCUCCCCAGCUGAUCUGCAGCCCGGCCACGGCAGCCCCAGGGGCUUUCCAUUUCCCACAGAGGAGAGGGCAGGGGGUCAGUGGUCCAGAGCCUUUGGGUUGUUUCUUCACAUGCUCGGUUUGGUUGCUUUCCCGGCCCUCCAUCCUCUCUGCAGCCGGCAGCAAUUGCUCGGAGCGUGGUGUAUUGGAGCCAGGAUCUGUCAGUCCUCUGGGAUGUUUGGGGAGGGCGAGAUGAGGAACAAGGAGGAGUUUUGGAAGAAACUGGUAAUUUAUGGGGUGCUGGGCUUUUCUAGGGUUUUUGGGUUGGUUUUUUUUUUUAAUGUCAUUCUGUUCUGAAAGUCCAUGGGAAGGAGGUCUUCUGCAGAGCUCUUCUGUCGGUGGGAAGGAUUGAGCUGGACCAAACCCAUCUCUGGGAGAACUUUCUGCAGAGAGAGGGGAGGCGUUAGUUGGGGCUGGGUUUUCCCUCUCAUCCUUGAAGACCAAGAUGGCAAAAAGCUCAGUCCUGGGAUGGAGCGAAAGCAAAGCACGUGGUGAAGGAGAAAGCGGGUCCAAGGCAAAUGCAGCAGGACAUGAACAUCCCACCAGCCUCUCCAACCCCACCACAGCCUGGCCAGGACAGAGCAGGGCUGUGACAUUGUCCCUGUGUCCCCACGGGUGCCUGGGCAGACACAGGGGACCCGAUGCCGGACACAGCACCGGCACAAGCGAGAUCCCCUCUGCUGUUUUCCCUUCAUUUAUUUAUUUUCCCCUCCUUCGGCUUUAGUUGAUCUGAUCUUUUCAGGGACACCUGGACUUUCCAGCAUCACGCCUCUGAGUUUUACAGCCUCUGCACCGUGUUGUGUGUGUGCGUGUGUGUGUGCGCGUGCGGUUUUUAAUUUAAUUCAAGACUCUGUUUCCAUUUGUGAAUCAAAGCUGGUAGAGCCAGGGGGGGAGGCGAGCAGCUGCCUUCCCAGCCUCCCUGGCUCUACACAAGAGCACAGCAUGCUGUCUCGGAUGUUUCUUAAAUUAUUUCAUACAUAUAUAUUUAUGUAAUAUAUCUAUACACACACACACAUAUAUAUAAAUAUAUAUAUAUAAAAGUAUAUGCACAGUCA